AUGCUGCCGGGUCUGGUGCGAUCUGUGCGAAUGCCAUGUCCUUUUGGACGGCCCCGCCGGCAAAGCUCCAGGACUUCAAGACAUUACCUGGCAUUGGCCACUGCGGCAGCUGCGCCGUUAACUUUGUCCUCGCUGGCCUUCUCCGGUCAGAACCCAGCUGCGAAGAGGCAGAGAGCUCGAUGCGGCCCCAUCUUGCAAUGCUGUGCCGCGUGUGAGGAAGGCCAGGCCACACCUGAAUCACUGGGCCACCUGCGCAUCAACUUCUGCGGCCGCCCUGCGAAAGGCUACACUCCAAUUUUCUAUGAUGAUCCCACAGUAAACACGGCCUCCGUGAAUGCGGGCGACUACAAUCUGUAUGUUGGGGGUGGCGCCAUCAACCUUGCCUUCGCAAAGGAGCUGGACCUUCCGCGCACGAAUAAGUACCAAGACUUGCACAAGGUGCUGCUGUCGGCAGCGCACAGGACCCCCGGCCAGCUUUUAUCAAGCUCGGAGGUGCAAACUGACAAUCUUCAGGCCGAGCUGGGCUUGUUGGCAUCGUUUGUUCGCGUCCCUGCACGCCCUGCACACAGUGAACCCGAUGCUGUGGGAGCGGCAUUCCUGCAUAUCUUUGGACCACAGCUCCGUCCGCGCAGUGUCAAGAAUGUGGCAAUGCUGUACGUGGUGGGUCCAAAGGGCACAGGUGCAUCGGGCGGACAUGGGCCUACCAUGGAUUCCAAUGCAGCAUUCCUGCAAAAAGUUGAAGAGAUGGCCGCCAACGCGCUGUUGGCCGUAGCGGAGUACAAUGCCCUGCUUGGGAAGGACACUCAUGCUGGCCUGCCCAGAGUUGAGGAGGUGCAGUUCUGUUUGGUAUCUGGCGGUGUGUACAUGCACCCCGAGAGUUCAAAGGUCGACGUAGCAGCAGCCAUUGUGAGGGGGCUGUGGCACGGCGCUGAAGUCGCAGAGGCUCCUGCUGUGCGAUUCGCGUACGACUCGAGCUCCUUCGAAGAUGCAGUCGCUCGAGUUGCGCGACAGAGCUUGUGA